AUGGUGUUGGGAUGGCCUAAACUAAUUCCAGUGGAGAAGGAAAGUGAAGUUAUACUAAGGUUUCCAGCAGAGUUACAUAAACUAUCCCCACCUAUCCUUCAGUUAGAUGAAGUCAGUUUCAGCUAUGGUCCUGACGUACCCAUCUUUGGCUCUGUAGACCUCUCAGCUAACAUGGAGUCAAGAAUAUGUAUCGUUGGUGAGAAUGGUUCAGGGAAGACAACUCUUCUGAAGAUCUUAUUAGGUGAAUUCAAUCCUGUAACUGGUAUCAGACACUGUCAUAGAAACCUAAGGAUAGGCUACUUCAGUCAGCAUCAUAUAGAUACUAUGAAUUUUGAUAAGAAUGCUAUAGAGGUCAUGGCAUCUAGGUUCCCAGGAAAACAGAUAGAACAAUACAGACAGCAGUUAGGAUCAUUUGGAGUGACGGGUGACCUUGCUACCAGACCAGUGUCCAGUCUAUCUGGUGGUCAGAAGAGUAGAGUUGUAUUUGCUCUAAUGUGUGCUGGAAAUCCUAACUUCUUCAUUCUUGAUGAACCAACAAAUCAUCUGGAUAUUGAGACAGUAGAGGCUUUGGGUAAAGCACUAUCUUCAUUUAAGGGUGGAGUCAUUCUUGUUUCUCAUGACGAGAGCUUAAUCCGAGUAGUUUGCAAGGAAUUAUGGGUAUGUGGUGAAGGAAGUGUCAGAGCAAUGGAAGGAGGACUGGAUGAAUACAAGAAAAUGGUUGAAAAGGAAUUUGAGCAGCAGAGAUAAACCUGGGAUUGGAUGAAGACAAGAACUUCAAACAGUGUAGUCAACUCUUCAAUGGAAACAAUCGUUAUGAGCCAUUAACAUUGUUUUAUCUUUUGUCAAAUUGAACAAGGAAUAAGAAAGUUAUUGCUGUUUUUGAAGGACAAGUCCACCCCAACAAAAACUUGAUUUGAAUAAAAAGAGAAAAA